CAUUGACGAAUGACAAUGGACAGCCCACUAAAGCCCAUAAUCUCAAAUACCCACAACACCAUCUCUAUAUCAAACCCCCCAAACCCUAAUUUUCAUUUCUCACACUUGCACACUAGCCUAGCCGCCGCGUAUCUCACAUCAAGCGCAUUCAUCUUCACCAUGACAACUCGCUUGAAGAAGAAUCGCAAGAAGAGAGGCCACGUCAGCGCCGGCCACGGGCGUAUCGGAAAGCACCGCAAGCAUCCCGGAGGUCGCGGAAACGCCGGAGGAAUGCACCACCACCGCAUCCUAUUCGACAAGUACCAUCCGGGGUAUUUUGGUAAAGUGGGUAUGAGGUAUUUUCACAAGCUCCGUAAUAAGUUCUAUUGUCCUAUUGUUAAUGUUGAUAAGUUGUGGUCUAUGGUUCCUCAAGAAGUGAAAGAUAAGGCAGUUAAUUCCCAAAAUGCCCCUGUGUUAGAUGUUACGCAACACGGGUAUUUUAAGGUUCUUGGUAAGGGGAGUAUGACUGGGCCGAUGCCGAUUGUUGUCAAAGCCAAGCUGAUUUCGAAGACUGCGGAGAAGAAGAUUAAGGAGGCUGGUGGGGCCGUGCUUCUUACUGCUUAGGUUUUUGAUUAUGUUUUUUUGUUUAAGAAUGUUGAGUACUUUUGAUAUGGAUGUUAUUGAACCUGCUUUGAUUGUCGGUUUUAUAAAGUAAUGGAGCUUUUAUGUUA